UGUAAAGACGGAUUGACGUCCGUAAGGAGCGCUUCUGGAUAAGCACAUGGUCUCGUUAACGAAAGACAACACUUCGCUAGUCUGUAAAUUCCUUUUUGGAGGAACUCCCUAACUGUUUUCAUCGGAAGGAAAAUAAACGACCACGACCACCUAUUUCAAUGUAGUUAAUGACACGUUUACUGGUCAAAUUGUCGGGCUUCUCUCCAAAGUGCUUGAUGCGCUUUUAACAUCGUUGGAUGUAAAGUCUGUUACAGGGGAGUCGGAGGUUGCUGGAGUGGAGCGGGUGAGGACUGAGAAGGAUUUCCUAACCGUCUCUCUUUCCUCAUACUUGAUCAUAUUUCACGAAGUCCUUUGGGUGUUACACAUCAGCUGUUCCACUGUAUAUUAUGGUCGUGCUGCCGUGAGACAGUUGGAUAGUCUCGACCCGUUCGUCCGCUGCCGUACACCCGCACAAUGACCUACCGGCGGACCUACGGGAGUCACACCUACCGGAGUCAGACCUACGGGAGUCAGAAGUUUACCGUGUUUUUGAUAGCUCUUCACGUCUUGUCAAUUACAAUAUGCUUCGGUGAAGAUGUGCGCUCCUCCAACAAGACCACUGAAGGGAGACCACUUGCUACAACCAAUCAGCAGAGGUCUACCGCCAAGCUGAAACACUACGGGACAACUGUACCUCUCCUAUUGGUCGGAGAAGAAUGGAGACCAGUCAGUCUGCUCCAAUCACAGGGCCAUCCUGCGUCUCUGAAGGUGCUGAUAGAAACAGAGGAGGAACAGCUGCUCCUGAUUCUGGAGAAAAACCAUGGUUUGUUUGCCAGUCACUACACAGAAACACACUACCUGGAAGACGGCAGCGCGGUCACCGGCUCUCACAACCUCACGAUGAACUGCUAUUACCACGGAAAGGUGCAGGGGCACAUCUAUUCUGACGUCAGCCUCAGUACCUGCUCAGGUCUCAGUGGCUUCAUCUCACUAGAAAACAGAUCCUACGUGUUGGAGCCGUCAACGGAUCCCUCCAGUGGAUCCCACAGGAUCUACCGGUCAGAACAGCUCAACCUCACACCUGGCUCGUGUGGCCAUGGCUUCAACAUAUCGCUGGUUCAUGGAGACACCCAGAACAGCCACAACCAAUCAGACAGCCCCUUCGGAGCCUCCAGCACCAGGCAGAGGAGACAUACCCAGAGCACCACCAAGUAUGUGGAGCUGAUCAUCGUAGCUGACAACAGAGAGUUCCAGAAACAAGGGAAGGAUGUGGAGAAGGUCAAACAGAGGCUGGCUGAGAUCGCCAAUUACGUGGACAAGUUCUACCGUGCCCUGAACAUCCGUGUAGCUCUGGUGGGGUUGGAGGUGUGGAGCGACCAGGACAGGUGUCCAAUCACCCAGGAUCCCUUCACCACCCUGCAUGAGUUCCUGGACUGGAGGAAGCUCAAACUGCUGCCCAACAGGCCCCACGAUAAUGCACAGCUAGUCAGUGGGGUGUUCUUCCAGGGUACCACCAUCGGCAUGGCUCCCAUCAUGAGCAUGUGUACAGCAGAGCAGUCUGGGGGCAUCGUCAUGGAUCAUUCGGACAACCCCCUGGGAGCAGCGGUUACUCUGGCCCACGAACUCGGGCACAACUUUGGAAUGAACCAUGACACCCCAGAGCGGGGGUGUGGCUGCAGGGUGACGGUGGACCGAGGAGGUUGCAUCAUGACCCCCUCUACAGGGUGAGUUGGAACAGUCCAAUAUGGCCCCCCUCUACAGGGUGAGUUGGAACAGUCCAAUAUGGCCCCCCUCUACAGGGUGAGUUGGAACAGUCCAAUAUGGCCCCCUCCCUCUUCCCCCAAACAGCAAAUCAUUUCCUCAUCCUUGUUGUGCAGUAUGAACAUGUGCAAAGUCUCCCAAAACAUCCAAAUACGUCUUUUUACUUACUGAAGGUGUAAAGAUUGAGGUAAAAUACCACACGUCUACCCAGUGUCACCUUCUGUCUUACUGAAGGUGUAAAGAUUGAGGUAAAAUACCACACGUCUACCCAGUGUCACCUUCUGUCUUACUGAAGGUGUAAAGAUUGAGGUAAAAUACCACACGUCUAUAGUCCAGCGAGUCCAGUCUGCUAUAUUACUGUGUUGGAACUUCACUAGAACACAAAGCCUUAGUUAUCACAGUACUCUGGGGAGUCCUCCUGACUAGAUCACAAAGCCUUAGUUGUCACAGUACUCUGGGGAGUCCUCCUGACUAGAACACAAAGCCUUAGUUCUCACAGUACUCUGGGGAGUCCUCCUGACUAGAACACAAAGCCUUAGUUCUCACAGUACUCUGGGGAGUCCUCCUGACUAGAACACAAAGCCUUAGUUGUCACAGUACUCUGGGGAGUCCUCCUGACUAGAACACAAAGUCUUAGUUCUCACAGUACUCUGGGGAGUCCUCCUGACUAGAACACAAAGCCUUAGUUCUCACAGUACUCUGGGGAGUCCUCCUGACUACAACACAAAGCCUUAGUUGUCACAGUACUCUGGCGAGUCCUCCUGACUAGAACACAAAGUCUUAGUUCUCACAGUACUCUGGGGAGUCCUCCUGACUAGAACACAAAGCCUUAGUUCUCACAGUACUCUGGGGAGUCCUCCUGACUACAACACAAAGCCUUAGUUGUCACAGUACUCUGGCGAGUCCUCCUGACUAGAACACAAAGCCUUAGUUCUCACAGUACUCUGGGGAGUCCUCCUGACUAGAACACAAAGCCUUAGUUGUCACAGUACUCUGGGGAGUCCUCCUGACUAGAACACAAAGCCUUAGUUCUCACAGUACUCUGGGGAGUCCUCCUGACUAGAACACAAAGCCUUAGUUGUCACAGUACUCUGGCGAGUCCUCCUGACUAGAACAUAAAGCCUUAGGUCUCACAGUACUCUGGCGAGUCCUCCUGACUAGAACACAAAGCCUUAGUUCUCACAGUACUCUGGGGAGUCCUCCUGACUAGAACGUUCUGGCCCACGUCCCAAAUGGAACCCGACAUAUGGUACACUACAUUGGACUAGAGCACUACACUCAAAAAUAUGAUGGGUUGUUUGGUUGAUCCUACUGCUGGGUU